ACCAUACCAUAAAAUGUGCCGCUGUCGACUCUUUGAAUCAACCAAACCCCACCUUCCAGACGGUUGUCUCCAAUCUUGCAGAAGGAGCAGCCAUUGACAUUGACGUGCGUAAUAUGAUGAUCUACUGGAGCGACACCCAGGCCUGGACUAUAAACAGAAUGAACCUGACUUCCGGAGAAGUUAAAGUCAUCAUAAAAGAUAACAUUGGAGAAGUUUACUCCAUAGCUGUUGAAUGGGAGAGCGGCUUGAUCUACUGGACAGAUUUAAUCUUCGAGAGGAUAGAGGUAGCGAAAUUAAAUGGCAGUUCCAGACGGACCCUGAUAACAAAAGACGUGGAGUCGCCGAUGGGAAUUGCAGUUGAUCCAGGGAAUGGAUACGUUGUUUGGGCGGACCACAAUAACACUGCACCAAAAAUAAUGCGCGCAGAUUUGACAGGGGAAAAUCAUCAAGAGUUGUUCACAACGUUUCAUGGAUUGCCUCUUUACGUUAUCAUCGAUUACAGUGAGAAUCGAGUGUACUGGACCGAUAUUCACCUUUUUUACACCUUUAUCGGAUCAAUUGGAAUCGACGGGAGUGCAUAUCAAGGCUUAGGAUAUCUUCACCCGGUUUUCUAUCCGUUUGACUUGGCAAUCUUUCAAAGCAAUUUCUACUGGGCUGAUCAGAAUUUACAAGGAGUGUCGUGGUUCAAUUUUAAGUCUUCAUCUCCCACUGUGAACACUCGUCAAAAUUUGUCUCCAUACAUCGUGCUCGGAGUAACGAUUUCAGACCUAUCAACGCAGCCUAUGGCCGUUGACCAGCCAUGCGCAGUAAACAAUGGAAACUGCAGCCAUCUAUGUUUGUUAACUCCAGGGAGAGGAAGGAAGUGCGCAUGCCCUCAGGGCGUCGACUUGAAUGACGACGGAACGACUUGUGCUAACGGUAAACAUAACUAUACUACUUAGGAAAUAAGAGAACAAAGAGACAGAAAAUGGUUACAACCUUUCCUAAAAUGACUGAUUUGACUUUUGGUUAUAUAUGACCAAUUUUCAAUGUUGUACACUACUUCAUUUCAUGAGUUCGAAGUUUUGUUAUAGCAUAUUUUUAAUAAUGUACGGCUCUUAAAAGAGAUACAAGAAGGAGACAUGGAGUCGUGAUACCAUGUACUAUAA